GUCCCCUCAUCUGGCCUGGAGAGUCAGCUGGACGUGUGCCACUCUUGGGAAUGGGCCUUUGUGGACUGGGACUUCUCGGUGACAACCUUGGCAAGAUCCUCGGCCGGGCUGGAGGGGCUGCUCUGUGGAAACCCGGCCAGCCUCGGAAGCCUGACCUGGCUGCCGGGCCUCAGCUGCCCGCACGCAGGUCCCAUCUGAUGCCAAGACUGAAGGAGUCUCGCUCCCACGAGUCCCUGCUCAGCCCCAGCAGCGCAGUGGAGGCGCUGGACCUCAGCAUGGAGGAGGAGGUGGUCAUCAAGCCUGUGCACAGCAGCAUCCUGGGCCAGGACUACUGCUUCGAGGUGACAACAUCUUCCGGAAGUAAGUGCUUUUCCUGCCGGUCCGCAGCUGAGCGCGAUAAGUGGAUGGAGAACCUGCGGCGAGCUGUGCACCCCAAUAAGGACAACAGCCGGCGUGUGGAACAUAUCCUGAAGCUUUGGGUGAUCGAGGCCAAGGACCUACCGGCCAAGAAGAAGUACCUGUGUGAGCUGUGCCUGGACGAUGUGCUCUAUGCCCGCACCACAGGCAAGCUCAAGACGGACAAUGUCUUCUGGGGUGAGCACUUUGAGUUCCACAACCUGCCUCCUCUGCGCACAGUCACUGUCCACCUAUACCGGGAGACUGACAAAAAGAAGAAGAAGGAGCGCAACAGCUACCUGGGCCUGGUGAGCCUGCCUGCCGCUUCAGUGGCUGGCCGGCAGUUUGUGGAGAAAUGGUACCCAGUGGUGACGCCCAACCCCAAGGGUGGCAAAGGCCCUGGGCCUAUGAUCCGCAUCAAGGCACGCUACCAGACUAUCACCAUCCUGCCCAUGGAGAUGUACAAGGAGUUUGCCGAGCAUAUUACCAACCACUACCUGGGGCUGUGUGCAGCCCUCGAGCCCAUCCUCAGUGCCAAGACCAAGGAGGAGAUGGCAUCUGCCCUGGUGCACAUCCUGCAGAGCACAGGCAAAGUUAAGGACUUUCUCACAGACCUGAUGAUGUCGGAGGUGGACCGCUGCGGGGACAACGAGCACCUCAUCUUCCGGGAGAACACGCUGGCCACCAAGGCCAUCGAGGAGUACCUCAAGCUGGUGGGCCAGAAGUACCUGCAGGAUGCCCUAGGGGAGUUCAUCAAGGCGCUAUAUGAGUCGGACGAGAACUGUGAGGUGGACCCAAGCAAGUGCUCUGCUGCUGACCUCCCUGAGCACCAGGGCAACCUCAAGAUGUGCUGUGAACUGGCCUUCUGCAAGAUCAUCAACUCCUACUGCGUCUUCCCAAGGGAGCUGAAAGAGGUGUUUGCCUCGUGGCGGCAGGAGUGCAGCAGCCGUGGCCGGCCAGACAUCAGCGAGCGGCUCAUCAGUGCCUCCCUCUUCCUGCGCUUCCUCUGCCCAGCCAUCAUGUCCCCCUCGCUCUUCAACCUGCUGCAAGAGUACCCCGAUGACCGCACCGCCCGCACCCUCACCCUCAUAGCCAAGGUUACUCAGAACCUGGCCAACUUUGCCAAGUUUGGGAGCAAGGAAGAGUACAUGUCAUUCAUGAACCAGUUCCUGGAGCAUGAGUGGACCAACAUGCAGCGCUUUCUGUUGGAGAUCUCCAAUCCUGAGACCAUCUCCAACACAGCAGGCUUCGAGGGUUACAUCGACCUAGGCCGUGAGCUCUCCAGUCUGCACUCACUGCUCUGGGAGGCCGUCAGCCAGUUGGAGCAGAGCAUUGUGUCCAAACUGGGCCCCUUGCCUCGGAUUCUGAGGGAUGUCCACACAGCACUGAGCACCCCAGGCAGCGGGCAGUUCCCUGGGACCAAUGACCUGGCCUCCACGCCAGGCUCGGGCAGCAGCAGCAUCUCAGCAGGGCUGCAGAAGAUGGUGAUUGAAAAUGAUCUCUCUGGUCUGAUAGAUUUCACCCGGUUACCGUCUCCAACCCCCGAAAACAAGGACUUGUUUUUUGUCACAAGGUCCUCCGGGGUCCAGCCCUCACCUGCCCGUAGCUCAAGCUACUCAGAAGCCAACGAGCCCGACCUCCAGAUGGCCAAUGGUGGCAAGAGCCUGUCUAUGGUGGAUCUCCAAGAUGCCCGCACGCUGGAUGGGGAGGCGGGCUCCCCAGCGGGCCCUGACGUCCUUCCUGCUGACGGGCAGGCUUGUGCAACUCAGUUGGUCGCCGGGUGGCCAGCCCGGGCAGCCCCCGUGAGCCUGGCAGGGCUAGCCACAGUGCGGAGGGCGGGCCAGACACCCACAACACCAGGCACCUCUGAGGGUGCGCCAGGCCGGCCCCAGCUGUUGGCACCACUCUCCUUCCAGAACCCUGUGUACCAGAUGGCAGCCGGCCUGCCACUGUCCCCUCGCGGCCUUGGUGACUCGGGCUCUGAGGGCCACAGCUCGCUGAGCUCCCACAGCAACAGUGAAGAGCUAGCGGCCGCAGCCAAGUUGGGAAGUUUCAGCGCUGCCACAGAGGAGCUGGCCCGGCGGCCUGGCGAGCUGGCCCGGCGGCAGAUGUCACUAACUGAGAAGGGUGGGCAGCCUGCGGUGCCAAGACAGAAUAGUGCCGGUCCCCAGCGAAGGAUCGACCAGCCGCCACCCCCUCCACCACCACCACCUCCUGCCCCCCGAGGCCGGACACCCCCCAACCUCUUAAGCACCCUGCAGUACCCACGGCCCUCGAGUGGAACCCUGGCGUCCGCCUCGCCUGACUGGGCUGGCCCUGGUGCUCGGCUGCGGCAGCAGUCCUCCUCCUCCAAAGGAGACAGCCCGGAGCUGAAGCCACGCGCCAUGCACAAGCAGGGCCCUUCACCCGUGAGCCCCAAUGCCCUGGACCGCACGGCUGCUUGGCUCUUGACCAUGAACGCGCAGUUGUUAGAAGACGAGGGCCUGGGCCCAGAUCCCCCCCACAGGGAUAGGCUCAGGAGUAAGGAGGAGCUCAGCCAAGCAGAAAAGGACCUGGCAGUACUUCAGGACAAGCUGCGGAUCUCCACCAAGAAGCUAGAGGAGUACGAGACCCUGUUCAAAUGCCAGGAAGAGACGACUCAGAAGCUGGUGCUAGAGUACCAGGCACGGUUGGAGGAGGGCGAGGAGCGGCUUCGGCGGCAGCAGGAGGACAAGGACAUCCAGAUGAAGGGCAUCAUCAGCAGGUUAAUGUCCGUGGAGGAGGAGCUGAAGAAGGACCAUGCUGAGAUGCAAGCAGCUGUCGAUUCCAAACAGAAGAUCAUUGAUGCCCAGGAGAAGCGCAUCGCCUCCCUGGACGCUGCCAACGCCCGUCUCAUGAGCGCCCUGACGCAGCUGAAAGAGAGGUACAGCAUGCAAGCCCGUAACGGCGUCUCCCCCACCAAUCCCACCAAAUUGCAGAUUACCGAGAACGGCGAGUUCAGAAACAGCAGCAAUUGUUAACCAGCCCGAGGAGGGAGGACCCUCCCCGAGGAGAGGGGACUGUGGUGGCCCAGGGCAGGGUCUCGGCCAGGAGCACCCACAGUCACAGCCCCUCGUGGUUGGCGGAGGCUGAGGCGCCCCCUCCCUUCGCCCACUGUCCAGGAGGCGGCACGGAGGGAGCCAGAGACUGACGCAGCGUGACGAGGAAGUGGGUCUGGGCGCGGGCACGAGAGACUGCACGCUGGGGAGGGGCAGGGGCAGGGGCCUGCCAAACACAUGUCCGUUGCUUGUCGAAUUCGGUGUGUGUCACCUUUUCCGCCAUGACUAGCCAAGUGCAUGUACCCCACACCCUCCUCAGGUAGGGAACUGCCUGGAGAAGGGCCAAGUUAAGGGCUAGGGACCACCCCCCUGCAGCUUCCCGCGGCCUGGCCGUCAGACCUCUGCCCUGGGGGGCUGGGACCUCAUGGGUGGGUGCAGACAGGGAGAUGGUGGUUGGACAGAGGAGGGAUCCUGUGCCCCCCCCCCCAGCAAGUGGCACUGCAUGCAGCCCACGGGUUGCCGUGAGGAACCCAGGGUUCGCCCUGUCCCCACCCAUCCCAUAGUCACUUCCCCUACCUCCUCCCUUCCUUAGACGCAUUGCCAAAUAGAUCAGUGAGAAUCCUGGCUUUUUCUUCUGGGCCCUCAUAUGAGUGGGGCAUCUACAGAGCCCGCCAUACCUACUGUGUGGGGCUGGGCUGAUGCUCUGGGGCUCCCAGAAGCCAGAGAGCUGGCAGAGCUGGCCGCAGGGCACAGUGCACUGUAGCCGCCUUCUCCAGAGGCCUGGGGCACCUGGGGUACAGUGGCCCCCUGGAAUGUAGCCAGUUGGUGCUCUCCCAGAAAAGGUGAUCUUUCCUCUGAUGGCUGAAAAGAAAAAGUCUGAGGCCCGCAGGCCCUGAGAAGGUGGAUAACUGUGAUUCUUUUUCCUUUCACAGUAUGCAUUAGAAACAAAAGCCCGCUUGCUCGCUUGCUGGAACACAGGGGCCUUUUAAAUUGAGCGUGCGCACUGCAUGGGAAAUAGCGGCCCCGGAGGAUGUUAGACUUGCUCCCUCACCAAGACAGCAGCCGCCUGCACCAGGCCCCGUGUGUGCGGCCGCCUCUUCCUCACCCUUCCCGGCCCCAGCCACGGACCCUGGCACUGCAGCCAGGGGAGGGCACACCCACGGCUGGGGCUGGUUUUCCUCAGCUCUAGGCUGUUCUGUGGCAUAUCUGCCUCUCCCCACUGUGCGGGACAGACACGGGCAGGAGCUCCACUCUGCCUCUGCCCAUUUGUUCCCAUGCCCUGUGGAGUCCAAGCUCUGACCCUUAGGCAGGAGUGUGGACCUCUGCCCAGGCAGCAGAGCCAGGGCCGGGCAAGCUGUCUGCGGGGCAGCAGUGUGCCAGAGUCCCCACCAGGAAGGGUGGAAGUCUAGCCAGAGCCACACAGCACGGCCU